AUGCAUCUAGGCGCUGAAUUCGCUCUCUGGUGGUAUAGCAAAGAAAAUUUCUUUUUUUCGUCAGUCAACAAGGCACUACGGACGUUUGAUAGAGAUACUAUUAUUACCUUCCGUGUAUUCAGUCGCGAUAUUGGUGAAUUGUUGCAUCAAGACUUUCUUCUUCAACGAGAUCAAGGAAAAUUGUGGGAAAAUGGUGAAGAUAUCUUUGUUUAUCGAGGACAAACCAUUUCUCCUGAUGUUCUCAAUUGGAUUAGUGGCAAUGAAGACGAACUAGUAUCAUUCACGAAUUUCGUAUCGACAAGUCGAAAACGUGAAGUAGGCACGUUUUUCGCGGAAAGUACACAAGCGAUUAGUCAAGGUCUUGAGCCUGCUCUCUUUGAAAUGCGUCUUUCGACAAGACAGCCGAUAAAACCAUUUGCCGAUGUGUCCAUGUAUAGUCAAUUCUCUAAUGAAGACGAGAUUCUUUUCAUGAUCGGAAUUAUCUUUCGAAUCGAUAAAGUAAUCAAAAGAGAAAAACCUGAAAUGCCAUAUACCCUCGUUCGUUUGUCACUUAUCGGAAACGCUGAUUAUGACAUGCGCGAAGUUGUUGAUCAUUUAAAAGCGACCCGAAUUAAUGCUACUUACAACAAUCAGUUAGCAAAUUUUGCCUCAAUUCUUGAAGAAAUGAGCGAAUAUGGUAAAGCGGAAUGCUACUAUCCAAAAUUAAUGAAUCAAAUAUCGAAUGAUAAAUCUGUUCAUGCUGCAUGUCUUGACGGACACGGAACAAUCGCCUUACGUAACGGAAAAUAUGCUGACGCUAUAAUGUAUGAAACAGAAGCAGUUGAGAUUUAUGAGAAUCAUGAACCAAGAGAUUUACUUCAUCUUGCUAAAAAAUACAAUAAUCUUGGAAUGGCAUACGGGGCGAGCGGUAAUCCAAGUACGGCACGUUUCCAUUUUCAACGUUCAAACGAACUCAAAUAUAGUCUAUUUCACAAUGAUCGACAUAUAGAUAUGGCUGAUACAUUCGACAAUUUUGGUAAUUGUUAUGAAAUAGAAAAUGAUUUCGAUCAAGCAGAAGAAAAUUUCCAUCGAGCAUUGGCUAUUCGAAUCGGUAAUAAUAUGCCUCGUCGUCAUCCAGAUUUUGUUAAGAAUUACAUGAGUUUAGGAAAUGUAUACGGAAACAAGAAGAUGUUUGAGCAGGUCGUUCUCUAUCAUCAAAAAGCGCUCGAUUUAGCCCGUGAUGUUUUACCAUUUGAUCAUCCGCUGCUAGGGUUGAUAUAUUUGUUUUGUUGUGCAAUGGAUAAAACAUUGAAAUUUAUUGCUUUUAUUUUGUGGAUAAUUCGUAGUUUUUUAUCAAUAUGGAUUCGUCUUGGUUUUCGUUUAAUAUAUGGAAAUCAAAAAUUUAAAUUACCACCUAUAACAAAUCAAAUAUUACUUCAACCAGCAACUGUUAUUGCUAAGCGUAUUCGACAGCGACAAGUAACAGUUUAUGAAGUUGUUCGAGCUUAUGUUGAUCGAAUAAAAGUUAUACAACCUUAUUUAAAUGUUUAUGUUGAUGAAAGAUUUGAACAAGCAUUAAAUGAAGCACGAGAAAUAGAUGAAAUAUUAGACAAUGGAAAGCCAUUAUCUGAUCAAUGGAGCGAAGAACAAGCUCCAUUUCUUGGUGUUCCAUUUGCUAUUAAAGAAUCAAUGCAAUUUCCUGGUUUUCAUAAUUCAACUGGAAUUGUUGCAAGAAAAAAUUUUAUAUCAACUGAAACAGCAAAAUCAGUAGAAAAUAUGUUAAAAUCAGGCGCUAUUCUUUUGUGUAAUACCAAUGUUAGUGAAGGUUGUAUGUGGUUUGAAUCACGAAAUUCUCUUUAUGGUACAACAAAUAAUCCAUAUGAUUUAACAAGAAUUGUUGGAGGUAGUUCAGGUGGUGCUGGUUGUAUUGUUUCGGCAGCUGGUGUACCAUUUGCUGUUGGUGCAGAUGUUGGUGGAAGUAUUCGAUUACCGUCAUUUAUGAAUGGAAUAUUUGGACAUAAAACAUCACCUGAUAUUGUUCCUAAUGAUGGUCAAUAUCCUCCACAUAAAGAUCAUCAUCAAAAAUAUCUAUUGGCAACAGGACCAAUGUGUCGUUAUACAUGUGAUUUACAACCAAUGCUUAGAGUAUUGGCAGGUUCAGAAAAUAUCCACAAAUUAAUUGAUAUUGAUACUCCGGUUGAUUUAAGUAAAUUACGUUAUUUUUAUAUUGAUGAAAUGGAUGCUUAUUUUGUUAAUAAAAUUGAUGAAGAACAAAAAUUAGCCCAUCGUCAAGUAGUCGAACAUUUUGAAAACAAAUAUAAAAUUCAUAUACCACGUUUACGAUUAAAUCGUCUUCGUUAUGCUGUAUCACUUUGGUCAGCAAUGAUGGUUGAUGGUGAAUUAUCAUCACGUGAUUUUUCAUUAACACUUUGUAAUAAUACAGCAUAUAUAAAUGGUUAUCAUGAAUUAUUAAAAAAAAUUUUAUUUCGUUCAACACAUACAUUACCAGCUAUAGGUCUUCUUAUAUUAGAAGCAUUACCAAAUAAAUAUAAUAGACGUUUUCAUAGUUUAGCACAUAAAUUUUUUGAUGAAAUUCAAGUAUUAUUAGGUGAUGAUGGAGUUUUAUUAUUUCCAACAUUCCCUCAAUCAGCACCAGUUCAUGGUUGGCCUUUAAUUAUGAAUACAUUCGAUUAUAUUUAUUGUGGUAUUAUUAAUGCAUUAGGUUUACCAUCGACACAAUGUCCAUUAGGAUUAGAUAGUCAACAUUUACCAUUAGGUAUACAAUGUAUUGCUGGUCGAGGUCAUGAUAAAUUAACUUUAGCUGUUGCACAAGAAAUUGAACAAGCUAUGGGAGGAUGGGUACAACCGAGCCGAAUGAAAUGUGAUUAA